AUGGAUUUCUUUAAAGUGAAAAAGUUUAGGAAAGCGCACAAACCAGACCAAGAAAAGGAUUUAGAGGACAAGCCUGUGCCACAGCCAGAGGAGCCAAGGAAUGAGAAUGGUGGGGGUGGUGACAAUGUAACGAACAAAUCAGCCAACACUGAUCCUUUGGCUGAAGCUGAGGAUGACGACGACGACUUUAUAACCAAUGAGGUAAAGAGGAGGUUGAAGGAACUGAGAAGGAACAGUUUUAUGGUGUUGAUUCCUGAAGAAGAGUCAUGUGGUGAAGAUGAGGAAGAUGAGGAGGCGGAAGGUGAGACAAGCUCAAAUGAGUGGAGGGACGUUGAAGCAGAAGGAAGGCAAUGGUGGGGAGGAUUUGAUGCUCUGUAUGACCAGUACUGCGAGCGAAUGUUGUUCUUUGAUCGGAUGAGUGUGCAGCAGCUUAAGGAAUCUGGAUGCUACACUCCCACAACUCCCUCCCCAAGGUCUGCUUCCAAGAAGCUGUCAUCACCCUUCCGCUGCCUUUCUCUGAAAAAGAUGGAAGAACCUGAAGAUGAAACGGAGCAUCUGCAGCAGGUACAGAAUGAUCCAUAUCAAGAUAUUGAAACUGCAUACGUCGCUCAACUUUGCUUAACUUGGGAGGUGCUUCACUGCCAAUACACUCAUCUGGUUCAAAAAUCUCCUGCCAACCUGAAAACCCUGCCUGUUACAGCCAUGAGGUUUAUUGAAAAUGAGCCUUUCGAGCAGGGUUUAAGAGCAGAAAUUUAUGCUCGUGCAAGGAAUGCCUUACCUAAACUGCUCCAGGUUCCAAAUGCAAAAGGUUUGGAUAAAAAAGAUACAGAAGAAAUAGAAUCAGAUAAUGUGGUCCUGGCCCCUGAUCUUCUCAAGGUAAUUGAGAGUUCGAUCCUUAAUUUCCACUUUUUCCUGAAGGUGGACAAGAAAAAACAAAGUAAUGUACGUAACUUGUUUGGAAAUCAGAACCAGAUUGCUACCCCUCUUCAACUAAUUCAAUCUUCAUUUGAGAAGAAAAGGAUGAAAAUUAAGGAACUGUGUAAGAAGAGUAAAGGACGGAAGAAAUGUUGGCCUCAAACAUACGAGGACGUUCAACUCUUGUUUAGCCUCAUUGAUACCAAAAUUCUAUCCAGGGUUCUCAGGAUGGUAAGGAUCAGUAAAGAGCAGUUGCUUUGGUGUGAAGAAAAGAUGAAAAAGAUAAACUUGCCAAACGGGAGGUUGCAGAGAGAUCCCUCUCCCAUUCUUUUCCCUUGUUGA